UGAGCCACCGCGCCCGGCCACGAGAAUGUUUUCAUUUCGUUUAAAGUGAACUCGUAAAGUCAAAUAAAGUGUUUUGAUUUUUUUCUCACAUCAGGAGGGGAAAAUGAGAUUUUUAGGGCCUACAAAAUCCAUUAACUUCUUUUAAUCUUUUUUUAAUGGAGGAAAGGGCCCACGAAAUCUUUAAUGGGGCCCUGCCAUAGGGAGAACCAUUGAAUCAUUUAUCACGUGACAAAGUGAACGAGGGCAUGUAAAGGGGCCCUAACCUAGAAAGCUCAGCACGGAACAGAACAUCCACCGAGGGAGACACAGCGAGAGGCCGAUCUGUGAGAGGUGUAAACAAUAUCCAGCUGGUGGCUACAGUUCUGCCUCUGGUUUUGCUGCCAUGCAUCCUGGGCGAACUACUGGUAAAGGGCCCUCCACUCACACUCAGAUUGACCAGCAACCUCCACGGCUUCUCAUUGUGCACAUUGCUCUACCGUCCUGGGGUGACAUCUGCGCCAACCUCUGUGAGGCUCUGCAGAACUUCUUCUCUCUAGCCUGCAGUUUGAUGGGCCCUAGCCGCAUGUCCCUGUUCAGUUUAUACAUGGUACAAGAUCAGCAUGAGUGCAUCCUCCCUUUUGUGCAAGUGAAAGGGAACUUUCCUAGGUUGCAGACCUGCAUUUCGGAGCUCCGCAUGUUACAGAGAGAAGGCUGUUUCAGAUCACAAGGCGCUUCUCUGCGGCUGGCAGUAGAGGAUGGGCUCCAGCAAUUCAAACAAUACAGCACACAUGUGACCACAAGGGCAGCUCUGACCUAUACCUCCCUGGAGAUUACCAUUCUGACUUCUCAGCCUGGAAAAGAGGUGGUCAAACAAUUGGAGGAAGGGUUGAAAGAUACAGACCUAGCCAGAGUCAGGAGGCUUCAGGUCGUUGAGGUCACAAAGGGAAUCCUAGAGCAUGUGGACUCAGUGUCUCCUGUUGAGGAUCCCAGCAAUGAUGAGAGUUCUAUUCUGGGAACUGACAUUGACCUUCAGACUAUAGACAAUGAUAUUGUCAGCAUGGAGAUUUUCUUCAAAGCCUGGCUACAUAACGGUGGAACAGACCAAGAACAAAUCCAUCUUCUUCUUUCUUCACAGUGUUUCAGCAACAUUUCCAGACCCAGAGAUAAUCCAAUGUGUCUGAAAUGUGAUCUCCAAGAGCGACUGCUCAGCCCAUCCCUACUCCCUGGCACAGCUGACGGCUCCUUGAGAAUGGAUGACCCCAAAGGAGACUUCAUCACACUCUAUCAGAUGGCUUCCCAGUCAUCGACCUCUCAUUACGAGCUCCAAGUGAUCAAGGCUUUAAAAUCUAGCGGGCUCUGUGAGUCAUUGACAUAUGGACUCCCAUUCAUCCUCAGACCUACAAGCUGUUGGCAGCUGGACUGGGAUGAGCUAGAGACAAAUCAGCAACAUUUCCAUGCUUUGUGUCACAGCCUGCUGAAAAGAGAAUGGCUGCUGUUAGCCAAGGGGGAACCACUGGGCCCAGGACACAGCCAGAGAAUUCCUGCCAGCACCUUCUAUGUGAUCAUGCCAUCACGCUCCCUCACACUGCUGGUGAAGGCGGUGGCCACACGGGAACUGAUGCUUCCCAGCACCUUCCCCCUGCUACCUGAGGACCCACGUGAUGACAGUCUUAAGAAUGUGGAGAGCAUGCUGGAUAGCCUGGAGCUGGAGCCCACCUACAACCCCUUGCAGGUUCAGAGCCACCUGUACUCACACCUGAGCAACAUCUAUGCCAAGCCUCAGGGGCGGCUCCACCCACACUGGGAGAGCCGAGCCCCGAGAAAGCAUCCCUGCAAGGUACGUGUUUGCUCAUUUAUAGAUGAGGAAAGGAGGCUGACCAAGACUGGGCAGUUGCAGACCAACCGAGCUCGAGCCACUGUGGCCCCCCUGCCUAUAACUCCUGUCCCAGGCAGAGCCUCCAAGAUGCCAGCAGUCAGCAAAUCUUCCUCAGAUGCCUUCUUUCUGCCUUCAGAGUGGGAGGAAGAUCCCUCAGGGCCCUAAGUCACCAGCACCAGAGCCCAGCUGCCCAGCUUAACUACAUCCAUGCUCAGGUUCACAUAAUGGCUAUCUGUGUGUGGUCAGACCUGCUUUCUAUCCACCUGAGCCUCUGUGAGUGAGGGCUGACUGGGAAACAACAGCCUUCCCCUCCUCUGUUUCGCUGCUGUCCCACUCCUCAAGUCGGGAAGCGACACACCCGAGCCUGUCCCUUCUCCAGCAAGGACUCUCAUUUUCUUUUGAAUCAUUUGAUACUGUUUACACAGGUGAAGAUUAAACACCCAGUAAGCUUCCACCAUUGUUAGGAGCAUUCCUAACCCAGAAUUUCUUCUUGUAGCUCUGUGUAAGCAGGUGGAUGAGGUCAGAUCACCUUUGGUAAACAGGACCUCAGGAACAAGGAUGAGGUUUUCAAAGCUCAUAAAAAACAAGUAGAAUUGAAAUCCAGGCCUCAUUGCAGAGCCUGUGCCCUUCCCGCUACACCACCAGGCGUAAGCCUCCAAAAAGACAAGUGCUUGGUACCUACAUGCAAAGUGUGUGUGUUGUGGGGUGGGAGGGCUGCCAUACAGCCCAGAACAGGGGAGAGGAUGGUAUAAAAAAGACCUACUCCUUUCCUGUUACUCUCUCCCUACAUGUACCAACCUUCCUGUUGCUCCCUCCAUCCACAGAAUAAUAGCUACCAUUUAUAAAAUGUUUACUCUGGGCUGGGAGCAGUGGCUCACACCUUUUAUCCCAACACUUUGAGAGACUGAGGUGGGAUGAUCACUUGGGGCCAGCAGUUCGAGACCAACCUGAGCAACACAGUGAGACCCCCAUCUCUACAUAAAAAAUAUUUUUAAAAAACCACUCUGUGCUUCAGAUUACACUAUAUACUUAUAAUGUAUCUAAUUUCAUACAAAAAGCCCUGUGAGGUAGGGCCCAUUAUAGCUUUCCCAUUUUACAGAGGGACACAGAGGAAACUGAGGGUUGCAGAUGUUAUACAACUCACCCAGGGCCACAGAGCUCAUGUCUAGCCCAGGGCAGCCUGACUUGACUCCCCAGGCACUGAACCGCCACACUCCUGUUGUUCCCUUCCUGGACGCCUUUCCGUGACUCUCAACACAUUCCUUGUUGUCCUCUUGAUCCCCACCACACCCAACCCAACCACUGUGUCCCCUCUUUUUCUGUUCACACACAUAAACUUCUUAAACCCAA